AUGUCGGAGGACAAUGCACGCAAGCGACCGCGUCAACCCGCGUCUGAUCCGCGAUAUCCCAGGAAGAGAAGUCUCAAGGCGUGUCAUGUGUGCAGAGCGCGUAAGACAAAAUUUGACCCUGCGAGUCUUGAGAUUCUGAGACAGUUGGGACAGAUCAUCACUUCGCAAGAUGAAUUGACGCAGACUGUGCGAUCGAUUGUUGCGUCACAGUCUCAUGUCGGUCUUGGUGCUGCUCAGAAUGUUCAUGUCGGCGAGGGUUUGAACUGGGAUGCGGAUCUUCAGUCACAACAGCUGCCUUGCUAUGACUGGUCUGGAGCACAAUCUGACUCCAACUCGACAACCCCGGCAGCAUCAGCCAGCGUCGCUGCAGUUCGAUGGUUCGGCAUCCUUACAAACGAUGCAUCAAACGAAGCUUUGCCAGACACUGAUGCACCGAUGGGUCUUGACGGUGAGCUACUCGACACAUCACCAGAUGGUCAAGCAGACAACGACAUCACGCCAUUGCAGAAAGCAACAAGGAUUAUCGAUACUCAACCGCCGACCCGGGAUGCAGUCAACAAUCAUGCAGCAAAUAGUUCUGAAGAAAGCUUAUGGCAGGCCUCGGAGAGCAUAUCACUCCUCGAUCGAGAACAGACCUUGUUUCAGAACUUUCUGCACCGCAUAUGUUCAUGGCUUGACUUGUUCGACCCAGCUCGGACAUUUUCUACCCGAGUUCCCCAUCUAGCAGUCCGCAACGCAGGUCUUCUCAACGCCAUCCUCGCAUUAUCAUGCUAUCACCAAUCCCUUGACGAAACCAUCCCUUCCAACCAUCGCCCGUCUCAAAAUACCGCUCUACAGUACUACUACCAAACAUUACACUACGUUCAGAAAGCGAUGCGUUAUUCGACGUAUCAGAAUAGUCAGCAACUCAUGGCUACGACGCUUAUGGUCUCAACGUAUGAGAUGCUACGAGGGUCGCGCAAGGAUUGGCAGCAACAUCUCCAAGGAGUCUUUUGGAUCUUGAGAUCGCGCCAGAUUGAGGUUGAGACAUCGAGUCUUGAAAGUACGACGUGGUGGGCUUGGCUACGACAAGAUAUCUGGGUUGCUUUUCGAGAGAAGAGGAGAACAUAUAGCACAUGGAUGCCAAAGAAGGGAUAUGCGGAUCUAGACAGUCAUGAGUUAGCUUCUCGUGCGGUAUGGAUAAUGGCGCAAGUAAUCAACUUCUGCGCCGUUGAUUCAUCUGCUGAGGUAGAAGGGUUGACGGGGAGGAUUGGCUGGGCCAAGGCGCUGAGGAAGAUGUUGGAUGAGUGGCGGUCUCAUUUGACAGUUGAAUUCUCAGCGUUGCCAACCAUGGGAAAUCGGGAGAGUGAAGUGUUUCAGCCACAUUUGAUACAUCCUCAAUGCUUCGACGGCAUCCAAGGCCUUCUCAAGCGCCAGAAGGAGAUCCAAGAGAACAUUAAAAUGGUCUGUGGCAUUGGCAUGACACUUACAGAGGAUGCAUCAAGCAUGCUGUCCUCACAAUGUCUCUUCAUUGGUAGGUCCCCGAUGCAAUGGUUGGACUUGUAG